GCGCUUGCAUACUUGAGCAGCACAUAGUGACCGCGGUGGCACACAAAGUCAGAAAGAAUAUUCAAGUUUCAAUACACAGUUACGUGAGACAACAAGUGGUGUUAGUCAAGAAAAUAUAUCGACCGACACGUAAGAGUACGCGUAAUUGAGCAAUAAAUAGCGGUAAUAAGCGCAAGCAAUAAAUUAUAACAGUUCAUUGCAAAAGAAAUCAAGUCAAAAUCGUAUUGAGUUCAAAAAGCACUGUAACCGCAGUAGAGUUUGGCUUAGCUCAGAAAUAUUAAUCAAAAAUAUCGUGUGGUGAUCGCUCAUAAAGAUUGCGCUGCACGCUUAAAAUAUUCAUUAAUUAAAGACUUAAGCAAAUCCAUACAAAAUCGUGACGAUGACUUCUUCAGUAUCCUUCCUGUUGUUGAUGAUCUGUGCGAUCGUGCUGGCGGCACAGCAAGGCCAAGCAAAGAAGGGCUGCAACGCAUAUGGACAAGCUUGUUACGGUGGACACGGAAAACGUUCGCUGGGCUCCUUAACGGAUGAAAUGCUGGCAAAUAGUGCAUACAGAAACGAAAGAGACGAAUUGCAUCCCAACGAAUUGCUGCAAGCAAUGCCUAAUGAAGCGACAGGACUAUUACCGGAGAGAGAAAUUGACACAUACCCCAGAUAUCGACUCAUCAAGUUUAUGAGGUCAUUGCUGGGUGGACAUCUGAAGCGACCUGUUGAGCGAGCCAAUGAAAUCGACUACCCCAUCUCAGCCGAGGCGUUUAGCCGGGACAACAGCAACAACUUCAAUUAAGAUGUGAGACACCACGCAACAACACCGACAAACCAUCCAGACUUUUAACUUCAUCAACAUCAGUUGCGAACGGGCAAAGUAGACGGAUCUUCAAGUGUGCAGAAAAACUGAAAUUCCAAUAUUGCUGUAUAAAAUUACAAAAAACAAAAAAAAACAAAUGCAUUUGGCUUAUGUAUAAGAGCAUGAAAUCCAUAUUUUCCUUAAAUAUUUGUAUAUACAUAUUUUGGUAGAUUAUCUAGUGAAAAUUGAAACACACACACAUACACGCAUAAAAUUGUAUAACCACUCCGCUUCAACACAGAUAAUAUGUACAUACAAUAAAUAUAUAAGCAGAAAUUAGUAAAUAUGGGAAAAAAUCAAUGAAUUCAUUAUACUACUUAUUUUCGCAUUAUGGCAGAAUCUGACUGAAAUUUUAAGGGCUGGAAAAUUUCAGUUGAUUGCAUAACACACACACACAAAGGCAAACACACAUACACACAUUUAUAUAUGAGAAACGCACACAACUGCAUUGUACAUUAGUUGCUAUGGAGAGAAUUCAAAUGCUUUCUUUAACUAUUCCGAAGUGAAAUCACAUUAUGUAUGUAACUAAGGAAAUUAGACUAUACUUUAGAAUAGUGGAUCUAAACACUUAGCCAAACUCUAUGUUCCAAAACAAAGAUAAUGAAAAGCAAAGACUAUAGGAUACCUUUAUUUACCAAAAAUGAGUAUGUAUGUAAAUGUUAAUAAAUUAUUAUAAAGCUUAAA